AUGGCAGAAUCAGCGACGGAGAUCCCUAUAAACAUAGAGGAGGCAGUUAGGGAAACUGUGAAAAAUGUUACAGAAAAGCCGCCGACGAGUAUUGAAGGGAUUGCGAUUGCAUACCUGAGUUUAGUGAUUAUGGCUGUUUUACCUAUAUUCUUUGGGGCUUUCCGAUCUGUAAAAUACUUGAAGGAGCAAAAGGAAUCAGGCGAGCGCACAGAGACGAUGUCCAACAAGGACGCGCUGAUGUUCCCACUGAUCGCGUCCGCCGCACUCUUCGGCCUCUACAUAUUCUUCCAGUUCUUCUCCAAGGAGUACAUCAAUCUGCUGCUCACUGGCUACUUCUUCUUCCUAGGAGUACUGGCGCUCAGUCAUCUGCUUAGUCCAGUGAUCUCAUUCAUGGUGCCAGCAUCGAUCCCGAACGUGUCGUACCACAUCCACUUCACGCGCGGCGAGGCCGGCACGCGCUCAGACAUCAUCAACUACAAGUUCACGUCGUAUGACAUCAUAUGCCUCAUCAUCUCGCUGGGGAUGGGCGGCUGGUACCUGCUCAAGAAGCACUGGAUAGCCAACAACCUGUUCGGCAUCGCAUUCGCGGUCAACGGCGUGGAACUCCUGCACCUGAACAACGUGGUGACCGGCUGCAUCCUGCUCAGCGGCCUCUUCAUAUACGACAUCUUCUGGGUCUUCGGCACCAACGUCAUGGUCACCGUCGCCAAGUCCUUCGAAGCGCCUAUUAAAUUGGUAUUCCCUCAAGACUUGCUGGUGAACGGGCUGGACGCGAGCAACUUCGCCAUGUUGGGUCUCGGCGACAUCGUGGUGCCCGGCAUCUUCAUAGCUCUGUUACUGCGCUUCGACAAGAGCCUUAAGCGAAACAGCGAGUUUUACUUCAGGGCGACAUUCACGGCGUACGUAGUAGGCCUCCUGGCUACGAUCUUCGUGAUGCACGUGUUCAAGCACGCGCAGCCGGCGCUGCUGUACCUCGUGCCCGCCUGCCUCGCCACGCCGCUGUCGCUAGCCCUACUCCGAGGCGACAUCAACGCCUUGUUCAGCUACGAGGACCAGCCAGCGAUAAUAGAAGCGGAAGCGGAAGACACGAGCAAGUCAAAAAAGACUGAAUAGGCGAUCAUUCGGCCACGUCCAGAGCACAAAUACAGCACAGCUACCGUUUAAGUACAUUGACUUGUAGACCACGUGACGUGGGUUGUGACGUCACAGUUCAUUUGAUGUAUGUAGUGAGCUCCGUUUACAUUACUAUGACAAUGCGAUAUUAAUGGCCAGUUUCACCGGUUAUUGAUAGUCUCUGAUAGCCUGUCAGGACCUUAUCUGACAGAUAAACUGUAACUUGGUUUCACUGGUCCCGGACAGCAAUAUCUGGCGGAAAUUAUAAGGAGCCUUUAUCUGACAGAUAACUGACUUUAUCGGUAACCGAUGAAACUGGCCACAAAUGUCUGAUUAAAUAUACUAUUUCUGAUAUACUGGGCAUGAUUCAGCAAACCCUGAUGACCGGUUCCUAUAUUUUUUUAUUUACAGGAAUCGGCAUAAGUAUUGUCUCUGUCGUUAGGUGUCGUAAUCUAAACUCAGCUCUAGGGAUCGUUUAGAAACCGCGCAUUGUUGCUGACUCGCUUUGCUCUCUUACCUCCUUACAGUAUGACCUUUUUAAACUGCUAUUUUCCUUUUCGUCCUGAAACGUUUUAUUACUAGUCGAUCAACAUUUUAUGUGACUAAAAAAACACGGUUCGAUUUCUAAACGGUCCCACAUCAUAUGAUGUUCUAUAAAAAUGUACGUAAAUGUUGCUAUUGUAAAAAAAAAAUGAAAGGGUAAUUUUAAUUUAGACUUCCGACGUAUCUUCCAUUGUAGUAAAUUAAACAUGUCGAAAAUAUUCCGGCGAUGAUGUCAGGUUGAAUUUGUCUAGUAAUUAUUGUAAAUGUCGUGUCACAAAUUCUAUUGAAAAUAUGCACGGUUGAUAUAAGAUGUAUGGAGAUAAAUUGUUGCAUUUAUUAUUAGCUCCGAAUGUGUUUUUUCAGGCCAAAUUAUGUGAAGAACAAACGCAAAGGUUUUAUUGAGAGCUUAUAUUUUUAGGGCUAACUUAUCGUUGUGUUGGGCUCCCGCAGCCAUACUUUAGAUACUAAUUGAACAUCGAACAUUCCAGUACACCUCCUGACCUCAUCGUCAUCAGCUGUAGAUAUGAUCGGAUGAUGUAACAUAUUUAUUAAAUUGUUUAAAUUAUAGCAACACUGCGUCCAAAUUAAUUUCUAUAUUUUUAUGUUGAAUUAAAUAAUUUUUAUACUAUUUUUCGUUAAGGUAUUUUUUAUGGAAAAAAAUCAUUUUAUAUGUCUUUGUUUUCUGUGGAACUUAAUAGUAAGUUUUAUAUUUUGUUAACAUCUACUAUGUCAAUGUCAAAAGUUACCGAUGCAAAGUAUUCGCUGAAGAUUUCAUCCGUUUUCUAUAACAUAGUUAUGUUAAGUACAAUAAAUAUAUCAUAUAAACGUGGUAUGUUGCUAUUUUUACCUUCGCCUUAUUUGGUAGUUCCUUAUUUCGAUUUUUGUAACUUAACUGACCGAAUUUCUGAAAUAUGGGUACAAAAUGUACUUUAUACUUAGAAUAUAUUGAAGUUAGUGGUCUUUCUGUCGCUACGGAACACCUCAGAGUGACAGACAUGGCAAGAGAUAUGAGCGGUGCUUUUAGUUGAAUGACGUCGAGUAUUCGGACUGUCUCCUAAAAUAGUAAAAUCAUUGAUACACUACUACAUUUGUCUAUGUGUGUUAAUUGGGAGACAAGUCCUUAGCAAGAAUUUAAGAUCCUAUAGGCAAUUAUGUAUAUAAAACUUUUAUACCUUCUUAGGGGUAGAUUCCAAUACAUGUUUAUUAUGGGUAGCCAUUAUUUUGGUUGUGGUGGCAUCUUUCAAAACUGACACUGAUCAUAUAUGAAAUCGACUUAGGAUUUAAAUAUCACUUUGAUUAUCUAUGUAGUGAACAAUAUUUGUGUAAAUUAGAACACAAAAUAGUGCAUUUAAUGUAAACUUUUCGGUUUCUAAUCGUAUUUAAGAUAUUCUACGAUAAUCGCGACAACUGUGGACUACCCUGGACUUUAUGAAACAUGAUUUUAAUAAUAACGUAUAUAAUUAGUGGACAUUGAAUGUAUCAUAAUACAUGUUUGUUGGUAAUGAAUACUGAACUGUAAUAAAAAUGAUCGGAUCAGU